AUGGGUGUGAGGUUCUUCACUCUCCAAAUGAUCCCCAUGUGUUUUCAUGUCACGGGCAACCAUCAUGUCUCCUCUUGCGACCAGCUCCAACCGGACGACGAUGAGGAGUAUCAACCACCGCGCGCCAAGGUAGGUGGUAAGCGUGCUAAGGUAGGUGGUAAGCGCGCGGUGGUUGGUACCAUCAAGGUCGUUAAGUCCGACGGCCUUGUGAAGAUCUACAACAAGCCGAUUGAUGUAUCAGAGCUUAUGAGGCAAUUUCCCAAGCACCUAGUGUGUGCUUCCGACUCACUUUACAUCGGCCAGAAAAUCCCAGCUCUUUCGGAACACGACCAGCUCCAGCUCGGCCGAAAGUACUUUCUGCUACCGAAGCACUUUUUCCAGACUGUGCUCUCCUUCGUCACCAUUGCCUCGUUCGCCACCUCCGGACCCGAAUCCGAACCCGAACAAAAGCCCUCGCCGGUUCCCUCCACCAAUUCCAAGAAUGCGUUUCUAAGAAAGGCCGCGAAUUGCGAGCCUUUUCAUAUACAGAAAUCGGAAUCCGGUUGCCUGAGAAUACGUGUCUCCGACGAGUUUAUAUCGCAAUUGUUGGAGGAAGGCAAGCUCAGCGACGAAGCUAAAGUCGAAGAAGAAGAUGAACAUGGUAAGAGUUUUGAGCCAAACAACAGCAAAGUCUGUACCACGCCGCAGUUACAGAAAGACUACUCGCAACUGGUUGGAUCAAGACAAUGGAAGCCGAGGCUCGAGCCAAUUAGAGAGACCCGGGAAACCAAGAGAAGAUCAAGACUUUCUUCGUUUGGGAUGAGAAGAUCAACGAAGAAAUCUCAACCCAAUUCAUCAAAAGCAACACAGAGUUCAAAGAGUCCAAAGAUUGCUACUUUAGUAAAAUCUGAGCACCAUUCCAAAACCAAGAUCAAGAUCAAAUCAUCAAAGAAAUGA